UGGAUUUCCAAACUUUUUAAUCCCAAUACUAGCGACUUUUUGAAUAAUCAAGGAGAAGAAGCUCGAGCUCAACUCAGAUAUUAAGAUGAGCGCAGACACGGUGGAGCAGUCGGACGCUGCGGCUGAACAAGCAGAUUUAGAGCAAAACGGAAUCGACUUCAGUCGGCAGAUAAAGACAGAGGACAUCAACGACUCGCCGCACUCCGUCUCGUCCCUGAAGACAUGUCACCUCGGUCAGGACUCGCCGGUGGCCGGAGGACAGAUGAGCGGGGAGCUGGCCUCUCUCCACACCAUGCAGCAGCUGGUCCUGAUGCCUCCCUCCCACCUGUCGCCCCCCUCCUCCUUCCUGCUGACCCAGAGCCAGAGCAGCCACCAAGCGCUCCUGCAGCAGAACCUGCUGUCCCUGCCCGGCCAGAGCCAGGCGGGCCUCCUGCAGCACCAGCCCGGACUGGCCCUCAGCCAGCAGGCGAUGAGUCGCUCGGGCCUGGCAGGACCAUCCAUGGAGAACCACAUGGACAUGUCCCACCUGCAGAUGCCAAAGCACAUGGCAGUGCCUCAGCAGGACGAGCCCAGCGAUCUGGAGGAGCUGGAGCAGUUCGCCAAGGCCUUCAAACAAAGACGCAUCAAACUGGGCUUCACUCAGGGAGAUGUAGGCCUUGCUAUGGGGAAACUGUACGGCAACGACUUCAGCCAGACCACCAUCUCCCGCUUCGAGGCGCUCAACCUCAGCUUCAAAAACAUGUGCAAGCUGAAGCCGCUGCUGGAGAAAUGGCUGAGCGAUGCCGAGAACUCCCCCUCGGACUCGAUGAGCAACCCGGCCUCCCUGCCGCCUCUGAUGGAAGGCUACGGACGCAAGCGGAAAAAGAGGACAAGCAUUGAGACAAACAUCAAGCUGACUCUGGAAAAACGUUUCCUCGAUAACCCCAAACCCAACUCAGAGGAGAUCACACUGAUCUCAGAGCAGCUGUCCAUGGAGAAGGAGGUGGUUCGGGUUUGGUUCUGUAAUCGGCGUCAGAAGGAGAAGAGGAUCUACUGCCCAGUGGCCAGUUUACCCAUGAAAUCACACAACUUCACUUCCAGGAUGGCCUCGGCAUCCAGAUCCUACAGCCCCCUGGCUUCAGUGGGAGUCUCAUCCAGUUCCUCUCCAAACAGCGCGAGCCGAGGAGCUUCUCCCAACGGCCUGUCCUCAGCAUCCUCUAGUUUAUCAUCUCAUGUCAACCAGAGUACCUACAGCACACCAGGGUCAUGGUAUCGCACAUGGAAUUCGACAGCAUAUCAUCACUGAGGAGAAAUGAACUGAAUCUUUUGAAGAGCACC